AUGAUAUUCAGCUCCCAGGUGCCAUCAAUGGUUCCUCUUUGGACGCCUUUCGAAUGGGCACUGGCCAUGAUACUCAUCGCCUUCUUGCUGUGUUUUGCAGCUGUUAUUUGGGGGUAUUUGGCUGACCCCAAGUCACUUCGCCGCUUUCCAUCGCCCUCCGUCGCGGCAUUCACCCCUUUUUGGGCCAUCUGGAAAAACGCCAGGGGAAGACGAUACCUCGCCGUAGAAGCCGGCCACCGGAAACUCGGCCCUGUUGUUCGUAUUGGACCCAACAGCAUCUCAUUCUCCGAUCCCCAUGCGUACAAGGCCAUCUACGGUCAUGGCUCGCCUAUCAUCAAGGACGGCUUCUACGACAAUCUAGCAGGAUCGACUCCGGCUAUGGCAGACGCGUCCGAUCGCCAUCUCCAUGCUACAAAACGCAAGAAUGUGUCGAGCAUCUUCUCGGCCAAACACGUUGCCUUAAUGGAACCCAAAAUCGUCGAUGCUGUCCACAGCCUGCUUCGAGCCAUCCAGAUAAAGUCAAGGGGUGGAACUGUCUCUGCGGCAGAUGGGUAUCCAGUGUCUUCCAAUGGUGAGUUCGAUCUCCGCCCCUGGCUCAACAUGUUUUCCUUUGAUGCCUUCUGGAGUGUGCUAUGGUCCUCAUCAUACCACUUCUUGGAGCGCGGCAACGACGAGUGCAAGUCCAUGGACACCAGUGGCAGAGUCACGACCGUUCAUGCCAUGGACAGCUUUCAAACUGGUGUGCAUUUCAACAGCCUCUGCGCUCAGCUUGGCCCUUUCCAGUAUCGUUUUGCAAGAUGGGUGUCGAAAUGGACAAGACAGGGUCGGGCAAUUGGCGAAUUCUCUGGCAUGGCACGGCAUGGGACUGUCACACGUCUGAAGCGAACAGUGGAGAGCGUCGACUUCUUUUCCUUUUUCCCAGUCGAGAUAACCCCCAAGACUCCAUGCCCAUUGACUAUUCCCGAUCUUGUGGCCGAGUGUGCUAGCUUCCUGAACGCCGGAAAUGACACCACGCAAAUCACCCUUACCAACGUCAUGUUCCAACUUGCCGCACAUCCGAAACAUCAGGACAAGCUUUACAGCGCCCUCACUGCGUCGCUCCCCAAAACAGCGCAGCGGGUAGCGUCUUUCGCAGAGCUUAGCCAGAUCCCGUACCUGGCUGCAUGUAUCGAUGAGACUCUAAGACUAAUGCCACCCGUCCGUUUCGGGCUGCCACGGCGCACGGUGGGCAAAGGGUCAAUGAUAUCGGGGCAUCACAUUCCAGCUGGCGUGACAGUCUCAGCUUCAGUCCAUACCAUGCACCGAGACGAGAGUCUGUUCCACGAUGCCGAAGACUGGAUUCCGGAGCGCUGGAUCCCCGACUCGCCCGAUUCUUCUGAGGAGGAACUCAAGCGACUGAAGGAGUUCGUUCUACCGUUCACGACCGGGGGAAGAGCAUGCAUCGGGCGAAAUCUCGCCUACAUGGAACUGUCCAUCUGCCUGGCGGCAUUGGUAAUGGCGUUUGAGUGGCACAUAUCGGACACAGCUCGUCAGAGUUUCACGCAUUUCGAGCGCUUCAAUACCGGCCCUGUGUCCUUGAUGAUCUCUGCGACGCUCCGUUAG